AUGCCGAACCCAGGCAAAAAACGAGCCGCUGAAUGGUGUACGUUCUGUGAGAUGGGCGGGCACACUCGUGAGGAAUGUCGGCGUUGGGCCGCCUGUCUGAGGGAUACGGUCGUGGCUACUCACGCAGCCAUAGCGGAGGCACACAAGCCCCCUCAGCCAAGGACCAACCCCAACAAGAAGACCCGACGUGGCCACCGCGGUGGCUCAAACCGCCAAGACAGGAAGUUCGUCCGUCACAAUGCUGCCCCCCCUGCCUCUCCCUCCUCGUCCUCCCCCUCCUGCUUCCUCUGCGGAGGGCUUUGGACGCACCUCCUUCAAGCCCAGAUGUAUGCUAACCUGGAAGUGAUUAUAGUGAACACCACCACCAGUGCUCAGGGUAGCCCUAGAGCGGGCAAUCUGGACCUGCUUCUGAGAAUAGGGCAGGUCUCUCAGUCUGAGGUGGACUUUCUUGUCCAGGCCUUGAAGGAAUUCAGGGAAAGAAGCGCUCGCGAAGACUUCGUAGAGAAACCCCUAAUUGAGGAUGAACCAUACCAGAAGGAAUUCAGCCAGGGCCCUAAUGUACAACCAGGAAGUGACGAUGAACUUGAC